AUGUCCUCACGCCCCCGUCCAAAGGCCACGGCAGCUUCUAGCCGUCACGCUUCCGCAGCUUCAAAUACCCAAUUCGAUCUCCGAAACCCAAACACGCUCGCUGCAGCAGAGCAGGACGAAGACUAUGACGCCGAAACAGCCGCGAUCCUAAAUUUUGAUGAAAUCAGCGGACAAUCGAGAGGCGUGAAGCGAAAUGCAGUCAACUUGGAUGGAUAUGAUUCUGACAGUAGCAACGAAGGAUUUGGAGGCGGGAAGGAAGAUGGAGACGACUUGAAGGAGUCGAAGAAGAAGAAAAAGAAAGAAGAGGACGACGAUGAUGACGAUGAUGAUAUGUUUGGUGGGGAUGACGAUGCUGAUGGCGAGAAGAUUGGUGACGAGAGCGGCGAUAAAAUACCUGGGAAGAAAAAGAAAGAUGUUAGGUUUCUGGACAUUAAAGACAUCGAAGGACAGGAAGACCAAUCCGACGACGCCGACUCAGGAGAUGACGAGGAACAGCCUGAAGAAGAGAAUGAAGAAGUAGAUGAAGAAAUUGGAGCAGGUGGCAAGAAGAAAAAUGCUCCUAAAAUGGACGGAUUCAACAUGAAAGCCGAAAUGGAGGAAGGAAGAUUCGACGACCAAGGAAACUUUGUACGCAGGGCCGUUGAUCCGGAUGCAGUACACGAUUCGUGGCUCGAAGGUGUCAGCAAGAAGGAAAUGAAGAAAGCAAAAGAAUCACACGAAAAGCGAGAGAAGGAAGCUAAACUGCGAAGGAGAGAAGAAGAUGAGUUGAUCACUGGAGAAUUGGUAUCAAACUUGAUAUUAUCCCUCGAACGAGGGGAGACGGCACUCGAGGCCCUUGCUAGAUUGAAUACGGGAAAGAAGGUUACAAAGCCAAAGAAAUCAUGGCAAAAAAAGAAGGGUAGAGACAUGGAUAUCGACGGCGCUACUGGAAAGGAGCCAGAAGAUCCUAAGGAGAAGGAACGGAAAGAGCAGAUCGAAAAGAUUACAACAGCAGCUGAUAGAUUGUUAUCCCGAGGGUUCAACGAGAUAUACGACGAGCCGAGGGAGUUCCUUACCAGGUUGUAUAAGAAAGAGACCAAUGAAGACUGGGUCGAACCGGUCAGGGAAUCAGCGCCUGACGAGACAACGGAAGUAGUGGACGAGUGGGAGUAUAAAUGGAGCGAUGGCCAGGGUGACGGUCAAAUCCAUGGCCCAUAUGGGGGUACUGAAAUGAAAGCCUGGAAGGAAGCCGGCUACUUUCAGGAAGGUGUAGUAUUUAGACGGAAAGGCGAAGACGAGAGUGAAUGGACAAGGCUUCCAGACUUUUAA